AUGAGCAGGCAGAACGUCGAAAAUAGACAGAUAUUCGCGACUGCACUUCUACCCACCGUCAGUACAAUAGUCGCAGCGUCUACAGGUGCUUCUGUGGCGACUGUCCUCCCAGACUCACAGGCUAGGAUCACUAUUGUCAUUUCAUACAUCCUCUUAGGCAUGGGACUGCCAAUAUCCGUACUCCUCAUGGCUAAUUACAGUUACAGACUUAUCCUAUUCAAGUUACCCCAGCCUGCUUUCAUUAGCUCGACCUUUAUCACUAUAGGGCCAUGCGGGCAGUCUGCAUAUGCCAUCCUCAAGCUGAGCAGCGAUGUUAAUAUGCUUAUCUCAAAAACAGGUCUGGUUCCAUUCACGGGUGUCAGAGAUGAACAAGCUGCGAGACUAGCGGGUAUUGCGCUACAAACAGUAUCCAUUCCGAUGGCUUUGUUUAUCUGGGGAUUCGGCGUGCUUUGGUUCUUCUUCGCUGUGAUAUCCUUCGCUGAUACAUGGGCAGCUAAGAAAAUACCUUUGAAUCUGUCUCUCUGGGCAUGCACCUUCCCUAUCGGCACGCUGGCCUUGUCUGCUCAAGAGCUGGGCAAGGAGAUGGACUCAACAGGGAUGAAAGUCGUCGGUACUAUCCUGAUGAUGCUCUUGUUGAUAAUUUGGCUGCUUCUUUUUCCAGUGACUCUUUACUUCAGCGUCAUUAAGGAUUCUUGGUUCACUAGCCCGUGUCUGUCGGAAGUCGGUGGCCAGCCGCCUUCAUUUGAGGAGGUUGACUUUAUCAAGAACCGCAAGUAUUGA